CGUUACUUUCGGCCGUGGAGUAAUUGACUAUGUGUCUGCAUAAAAGGUACAUAGUGUCUUUGUUAUGAUGCUCUAUGUUUUGAUGCUCUAUGCUAUGAUGAGUGCCUUGGUGUUACCGUACUUUUAGCACAGGUUUCGUCUGAUUGUGGCAAGAAUGUUCAUUUCCUUCUACUGUGUCUCCAGUCUGCUGGGGUUGUGUAUUAGUAGAGGUUUCACUGAUCUGGACUGACGGCGGAGGAGGAAGGCCAUUGUUACCGCUGUGAGUGAUGGAAAUGCGACAGGAAGGUAGGUAAGGAGAGAGUGUCACGGUGGCAUCCCCGCCUUCACUGUUCGUGGUUUGUGGGGGCGGGGACUUGGUGUGUGUGGGUCUGCUACAGGUGUAACAUUUGACGUGGGUAUGUGCGGUCCUUGGAUGGAUCUGGGUCCAUUAUAUAUGACAGGACCACAACCGGGUGUUGAUGUGUAAAUAUAUGGAUUGAUGCAGAUGGUUUCAACAAAAUAAUUACAUAUACAUUUACAUUACAUAUAGCAUCUAUAAACCUGUAACACAAUAGCAUGGGUGAUGUCAUCGUAUGAUUGUAACACUGUGGUAAAAUAUUUCAUUGACACGCUUGGAAACAAAUUAAAACCUGAUAUCAGGUUUAUGUUUAAUUGUGUCCAUGAGCAAAAUAACGGGGGUUGUUGUAUGAACGGUUGCAAAUAGUAUGGAUAUAUGAACACAAGUGUGUUCACUUUCGUUUGUUUAGAGUGAAGGCAUCGUCUGUAUAAUGAGGUAAAAACGCGAUGUGUCAUAUUGAUUGGUAUUAUCGAUCCUGAUACAGCACCAUCUGUUGGAUAAGCUGGAGUAAAGUACACGCCGACGUAGUGAUGUCCACAGUAUCUCACCAUGCUGGGUAUAGUGCGCGUCGCUACGACAUGCCUGGUCCUCCUCUCGCUCCUCUCCGUGGUGGGAGUUGUACUUUGGUCCGAUGUAUUCACCCACGGUAUGUCGUUUGCUACACUUACAGGACAGAUGUCAAGGCAGAGAUCAGGGCAGAGAUCUGGACAGAGGUCAAACCAUGGUCAUGCUGUGCCAAAGUUUGUGGCGCCCCAUUUGUAUGAUCUACAGACACGGAAGGAGCUGGACAUCAUGAACAUGUCGAUGUUAACUUUCAACCAAGCUUUCAAAAACCCGUGCUGGUGGGAAACUUCGCUUGAAGACAACACAUGUGUCACCAUACGGAAAGACCCACGGGGUAUGAUGGGCCGAGCACGGAGACACCUCAAGAAGCACAAGAGGGUAUUGAGAUGUCUACCAUAUUUCCAGAUAGUAGGCCAGGCCAAGUGUGGUACAACAGAUCUGUUCAGUAAACUGCUGAAACACCCCCACGCCCUGCCCACCCUGUUGAAGGAGACACAGUGGGUCAGCCGAGUGCGGACAGAUCGGUUUUGUUCUCGCCUCAACACGUACGUGGAUUACUUUCAAAAGAGCGCCAAUAGGAUCACACGAGAAAAGCGACAUAAAGCUAUAAUAGGGGAGGCUACUCCAAGCUAUUUGUCCGUGAAUCGAUUCUGGAACCUGUUGCCAGGCAACGAGGGGUGCUCGGAACCUUGUGUCACUAAUGCUGACAUCAUUCAUCACCUGAAUCCCAAAACAAGGAUCAUUAUAAUUCUCCGCAAUCCAACCGACAGACUUUACUCCUACUACUUCCACGUGAAGCGAUUACGUAAAGAAAGCGCCCACCAGAGGGAGUUCCACCAGUUGGUCAUUCAGGAGGUCGCAGAGUACCAAGACUGUCUCAAAACCAGCACGCCGCGGCUAUGCGCUUACAACGACACUUUUACAUCUUUUAAAAAGACUGAUCUCAGAAGAGGCAUAUAUUCCAUUUUCGUCAAGGACUGGAUGAAAAUAUAUCCCGCGGAUCAGAUUCUCAUCCUACGAUUCGAAGACUAUAAAAACAAAGUGGAAGAACAUCUCCAGCAAAUUUUUAGCUUCCUAGACCUGAUGCCACUUUCCCAGAAGAAGCUGAAAUCAAUAGCGACGUCAGCGGUAAAGAAUAGGCGUAAAACAUCAAGUAGAAAAAUUGGCGACAUGUGGCCAGUGACAAGGAACGUUCUGGAUAGAUUCUACAAGCCAUACAAUGGACAGCUGUCUUCUCUGCUGCAGAACGAGCGUUUCCAUUGGUGAAGUGACGCGACUCAGAUACACUGAUAGACUGGUGAAGUGCCGCGACUCAGAUACACUGAUAGACUGUAGGGAACACUCAUCAUUAGAUAAUACACUCUCAUUGAAAUCACGAUAAAUUCACAGGAUCUAUGGCUCGGCUUUUCAGACAUUCAUUUCUGUACCGUCCUCCAGUUCAGAUCCAUCAACAACAUCAACUUAUGACAUUAUGAGAUUAUGUUCUACAUCCUGGACAACAGUGGAGUGCCUCGUUGUCAUCAUGAGUCUUGACACAAGAGGAUUAUCUCGAGGCGUCAUUCUGUGGUCAACACCUGACCAUGCGAAGACAACUCGAGUUGACCAGCAAUUCAUUAAAGACUUCAGUAAAGCAAGUUUCACAUGGGGAUGUUAAUACAUCCAAGUGACAUCAUAGCCAUUCUUGAAGUACAGAAUCACACAUUGUAGUAUGAUUUAGUAUGAUUAUGAUAGAUAUAAUCUGAUAUAGGACAUCUGAAAAAUGCUGGAAUCCGCACUGGCAACAUUUGUGCUCCCUUCUUUGCCAACAAUUGUGCUGCCUCUAUGCCAACAAUUGUGCUCCCUUCUUUGCCAACAAUUGUGCUCCCUUCUUUGCCAACAGU